AUUAUUUACAAUAAAUCAGAAAAUAUCAAAAUAGGUGUUAAGAUUUGCAGAUAACGGAUGUAAUAAUUCAAGAAAUAAUAAAAAUGGAUGCCACGUCUUCAGAAACACUUCAGUCGCCUUCUAUAUUCUCGUCCACUUCGAAGUUUGAUAGCAGCAGAUCGGGCAGUGAUGAUAAAAUUAGUGUUGACCUAACUAAAGAUAAUGUAACGUCCCCGCUAGACCUGGAAUGUAAGAUACAAGCGGAACGGAUCACAAAAAUCUUAGACGAGACCGUCUUGAAGACGAAGUUGGCGCUAUGUCUGCCCAACUUGGUACAGGAGUACCGCACGCUAAGUUCCAUCCUAACGCCCCAGCAUAUGGAGGACUUGACGUACAUCUUCGAACAGUACGAUAGCCCGCUGUUUUCUGUCAGCCUCCUCAAUGUGUCAGCUAUGGAAGACCUUAAAGAGGGUGACGUUCCGUUGAAGAAUAGACUGAACCCAGAGCUAGGUCACUUGGUAUAUAUCAUACACAGCUACCCAGCGCUGCGGACCAUCGCUGAAGAGAUGGUGGAGGACAUGAAAAAGGAGUUUAUACAUAAUGAGAGUCAAGAGAUGCCACCAGGACUAAGAUACCUUCUAACCCUGGAACGCUUUCGAGAGCUAAUGAUAAAACAGAUGGAAAUAACCGCUGAAGAGGAGCUGACUACAAAGAUAAGCACAAGAAAACUGCAGGCAUCAAAUGAAAAGUUGAUGAAGAAAAUUAAAGAAUAUACGGAUACCUUGAAUACGGAAAACACGAAAUUUGAGAAGACUAUGGAGGAAAAAAGAAAAAUAAUUUCUAAUCUAGAAAAAGAAUUAGCGACACUUGAGCUGGACGCUGAAGUCGAGCUGAAGAAGAAAGUUUUACUAUCUGAUCGUGACAUGGUGCUCGCAACUCGUGGGCAUUUGGUGAAGAAAGAAAUGCUACGAGAAGAGGAACAUGAAUGCAGAGAAGCUUACGAAAACUUGUUGAAGACAAAUCUUACAGAAGAGAAAAACCUAAGGAUGAGAAGAUUUAAAGUUGAGACGCAGUUGCUCUCGUGGCUACAGAAAUAUGACAUUGAGAUGAGUGAGAAGCAGGUCGAGUUGGACGAUUUCACGGAAAAAUAUGAUGAAGAGAUGCAAAAGUGUGAAGAUCUGGAGGAGAAGAUUGCAGAACAAGACAUAGAAUACAUACCCCUUAUGGAGGAAAGAGAGAAGGAGUACCAUCAGGAAAUGACGGAGAAGAUGAACAAAUUUCUUCUGGAACAUGCUGCGAGGGUUAUUCAAGCAGCUUGGAGGCAGGUGCUCGCGAGUCGCGCAGAGAAGAAACGGGCAGGUAGAAAAGGAAAGAAGAAAAAGAAGACUUAAUUUUUUAUGUUUUUCUCCCGAUUAUUAUUAAGUAAUAUUUUUAUUUUUAAUCUUUUCAUUUUUUAUGUUAUUUAUUUUCUUAUUAGCUCAGAAAAUUGCAAAAGAAAUUGGAGGCGGCGCAAAAGAAGGGGAAGCAAGUAUAAAAUA